AUGUUAUUUAUAUUUUUGAUCUUAACUUAAGUCUACACUUUGGAUAUUUGUAGGUAACUCAAUAGUUAUGAAACAUGUGUAGGUUCAAGGACUGAAUAUUGUAUAUUAAUAAAGCUUAUUGAAUUUAGGUCGAUGGUUUCCACAUUAACGAUAUUGUAGAACAUCAGAUGAUCUAAUGUUAGGAUGUGAUUAAAAUCUUAGUAUUAAGUUAUGUACAAGGUAAGUAAGUACACCAAUAGGUUUAUAAGCAUUAUGCAUUUUUGAUUUUGAAUGCCGCAAUAUUAAGGAUAUAAGUAAAGUGAAAUGCAAUCAAAAUUUAAAUAAAUAUGGAUGUAUGGGUAUAGUGAAUUCGGAUGAGCUUUGUAAAUGGGAGGAUCAGUAGUGUAAAUCAUUAUCUGCUGAAGAAUUAGCUAAUUUAAAUGUUAAUUUCCCUAAUCUAAUUUUGAGUAUGUCAGUAUGUCCUCUUAUUAAUGGAUAUUUGAUAGCUCAUAGUAAUUUUUUAGAUUCUUAAUAAUUAAAUGAUCCGACAGAUUAUAUUUUAUUAGCAUCAAUGGAUGAAUUUAAUUAAACUCUAAAAACUUAUGAGGAAGGAGAAUUACAGAAUAAUUAUGUAAACUCAUAAGGAUAAUUUAUUUGGUAUGUUCCACAAAAACAAUCUUAGUAUAAUACUUUAAAUUUAUUAAUAAAUGACUAAACAAGAGUUGGAUGUAUAGGUUUAGAUAUUUCUGAUGACUUAAUGUUUAGAGCACUUUUCAAUAUAAAAAAUCAAAAGGUAAUAUUUGGUAUCAAUUAAAUAUAUUGUCAAUACAUUAAUAUCAAUCCAUUUAUAUCUGAAGUUAGUGUUUAUGCUAAUAAUAAAUGUGAAAUUCUUACAUUAGAUGAAAUUUAAUAAAGAACUGAUUACAAAUGUGAAAAUUAAGGUAGAUUUACAUGUUAAAUAAGUCCUAAAUAUUUAGAUUGUUAAGUUAUCUAACCAAUUAAUUAUUAUGAGAAUUAGUGUAUUGAAGUUAAAAAUCAACCAGAAAAUAGUGAUUGCAGACCUUUGAUUGGUUUUGCAACUCAUUAACAAUGUAGUAAGAGUUAGAAAUAUUGUUUUUUACACUUUAAUAAUAAAUAAGGAUAUUGUGAUGAUGGCUGUCACAAUUUAAUUACAAAGAAUGAUUGCAAUAAGAAAUCAAAUUGUUAUUGGAUUGAAGAAGAACUAUUAGCAUUUGUUAGAUGCAGUCCAUUAUAAGGAUGCACUUAAAUGGGAUUAAGUAAAAUUUAUUGUGAAACUUUGGCACUGCCUUGUAUUUGGACUUAAAAUUAAUGUUAAUAUGGAGAUCUAAGAAUAUUAACAUGUUCUGAAGCCAAUACUAAAUAUAGUUGUAGUAAUGUAUAACGAUAAGAUCAAUUAUGUAUAUGGUAUAAUAAUUUAUGUAUUAAUACUUUAACACACUCUAUUUUCAAAAAUUAUUCCUAAUUACCUGAAAAUCUUGUAAGGAAUAGAAAUCAAUGUUUAAUGUAAGAUUAAGCAUUGUAUAGAUUUAAUGAAAUUACAAAACAAUGUUAAAAAGAUUAUAUUUUAGAUACAUAGGAUUUAUCAAACAUAAAUAAAUAUUUUUGUUUGUCUUUAUAACUAAAUUCAUAAUGGGAUUAUGAAUAAUAGAAAUGUUAAUUGAUUGAACCACUUCAAUAAUGUGAUAAUCGAUUAAGCAUCAAUCCUAAAUUGUGUUCUUACUCAUAAAACUGUAUUUAUGAUCAAAUCAAAUAGACUUGCACAACAUAAAGUUCUUAAAUAUCAUGUAAUACUGUUGGUUUAAAUAAAACUCUUUGUCUCUCCAAUCAAAAUGAACUUUGUUAAUGGAUUAACAACUCAUGCUCAACUAUUAAAACAUUUGAUAAAUGUAUUUAAUUAGUCAAUGUUUCUCCUUAUGCAUGUUCAAUGAUAGAGAAUGAAACAUGCUCUUAUUAAGAUGGCUUUUGCAUUAUUAAUAUUAAGAUCAAUAACACAUGUUAAUAAUUUAUGAAUAAAAUUUAAUGUUAAAAGUAAUAGAAUCAAUGUUAUUAUGAUCUAUUCAAUUGUAAAUAAAUUGACGAUUCAAAUCUAUAUACAAUAUUGAAUUGUAAUGGUCUAACAAGGUCUGCUUGUGUCAUAAAUCGAAAAUAUUCAUGUAUCUGGAAUGAUACUUAAUGCUAAGAAUAUAAAGAAUAGUAUUUUGAUGUUUGCGAUAAUUAUGUCAAUGAAAAGGCUUGCCAAUAAAAAAUACAUAAUGGAAAAUUAAACAUUAAACAUUUUUGUUAAUAUGAUGAAAAUUAAUCUAAAUGUUUAUAAAACAAUGCUCCAAUUAUUGAUUGUGGAUCAACCUUAAAAAUCAAUAAACAUAGAUGUCAAUCAUUUACUCAAUCAAAAUGUUAUUUUUAUAAUCAUCAAUGUUUGCCUCUCUCUUCUGAUCCUACUUACAAUACCUUAUAAUUAAAUACUUUAAAAUGUUCUGAAGUUAAUGUGGAAGUAUGCACUUUAAUCAAAACUUAAGAUUAAAUAUGUAUUAUUCUAGAGAGUGACUCUUUUAAUACUUGUAUUGAUGUUUCAUAAACUCAAAAAUAUGUUGGACUAUAUAUAUGUACAAAUAUCCAAACUAAUUUGACUGGAAAUCCUUAAAUUUGUAGCUUAGCAACUGAUAAUUGCUAUUAUGAUUCUGACACCAAAAAUUGUUUAUAAUAAACUGAUCAAAAUGUUCUUUAUAAAUGUGAUGACAUCAUCAGUAAAUCUUUAUGUCUAAAAUAAACUAAAUAUUAAUGCAUAUUUAUAAAAAACAAAUGCUAAUAUUACAAUAAUUCAUUUAAUUAAAUUGAUUGUGAAUUUAGAAACAUUUACAGUUGUGAAACUAGUGGUAAAAAUUGCAUUUGGAACUCAACAGAUAAUUUAUGCUAAAAUUCAAAUAGUUAUUGUCCUAUUAAUUAUAUUUAAAGCCAUAAAGUAUGCUAAAAUGGUAGAGGAUAUUGCUUCAAUGGAAGAUAAGGUUGUGUCAGUGGAAAAUUAUUGAGAGAUUUACCUUGUAACAUAGCUUUAAGUUAACAAUUAUGUGUUGGUUAAAAUCAUAUGUGUUUAUGGUUAAAUAAUAAAUGUAUUUCUUACCCUGAUCAUAUUAAAUUUUGUCAUCAAUUAACUACAGAAAAUGAUUGUCUUUCAAUUCAACACUUAAGUUGUGUAUUUUACAAUUCUUAAUGUUUAGAAGAUAGUACUUAAAAAUAAUUAUCUUAUCGUUAUGAUAAGGAAUCCUAUCAAUAUUGUUUUAAUUUACAAUACAAUGUAUAUACAAGUUCUGAUAAAUGUAUUUAAGUACUAGGAGAUUUGUAAAAAUUAUAAAUUGAUAUUGAAAAUGCUUUUAAUAUGCAAUGUGAAUAAACUUCUAGCAUUAUUAAUUGUAUUCAUUAAAGAUCCUCAUAAUGCUCUUUUAUUGGAUAGAAAUGUAUUAAAAGCACUUUAUCAUAAUGUAUAUAAGAAGAAGGUGUUUUCCAUUCACCUUAAACUUGUUUAAUUCUACCUAAUUGUUUUUGGUAUUCAAAUAAACUUGGAUAAGGUUUCUGUUAUUAAAAUCAAUUAAGUUGUGAUAAUAUUUAAUUAAAAUCACUCUGUUUAAGUGAUUUCGGACUCAAUUGCAAAUAUGAUAAUAAUAAAUGUUAAACUGCUGUAUUUACAAAUUGUGAUGAAAUUUAGAAUCAACAAGUAAAUUAUUAGACUUGUUAAUAAUUGUAACCUAACUGCUUUUAUGAUUUUUAAAAUCAUCUUUGCAAGAAAAUUACAAGAAAUAUAAUUGAAUGUCAAAAUGCAAUUGAAUUAUAUGAUUGUGUAUUUUCAUAUUAAAGAAGUUGCUUAGUAAUAUAUGAUAAUGAUAAUGUAUAUUAAUCAUGUUAAAUUAUUAACAAUACUUCCUACAAUUUGAACAAUAAUUUACACUCCUGUUUAAUGUUAACAGAUGAUUACUAUAAAUAUAAUUUAAAAACAUAUAAAUGUGAUUAAAUAACAAAUGAGGCAAUUAUUGAAGAUUGUUCAAAUAUCAAUAAAAAUACAUGUCUUAAAUUAACCUAAGAAUUUUAAUGCAUUUGGUAUAAUAAUAAUUGUUAAUAUUACUAAAAUGAAGAGGAUUUAUAGUGUAAUCAAUUAAACAAAGAUGUAUGUUUAAAUUACACUUUUAAAAAAUGUAUAUGGUUGAAUGACGAAUGUGUUGAAUUUAACAAUUAGAGUGAUCCUAACAUACUUUAUUCUCAUGGUUAUUGUUUAGGUAUCAAUCAAUUGUGGAACAAUUUGGAUUAUUCUUGUUUUACUACAAGUGAUUAACUUAUAAUAAUUUAAUGCAAUAAUUUUGGAUAUAAUAAAUUAUCUUGUUUAAAUUAAAAUUAUAUAGAAUGUUAUUGGAAUUAAUAUUAAUGUACUGAAAAAAUAAAUAAAGCUGAUAUUGCUUGUAACAAUAUAUCAAAUUAUAAUUGUGAUUUAGCAUUUAAUUGUAGAUGGAAUACAAAUGCAAAUGAAUGUUAAAAUAAUUCAGCUAAUAAUUUAGAAUGUUCUGAGUAUACUUAUCAUAGUUGUAAAGAAAAUAGUAAUAAAAAUUGUUUGAUAAAUCCCUCUACAAAUAAAUGUUAGGAAAUUUAAAUAACUUCUGUAGUUUUAUAACAUUGUCAUGAUUAUUUAAGUUUUCAAUUAUGUAAACUAGUAAAAAAUCAGAUUUGUACUAUAUACAAUAAUAUGUGUUAGGAAUGGACACCUCGUUUGUUUGAUUGUAUUUAUAUAUAUAAUCAAUAUGGUUGUAUGUAUGCUCCUAUAGCUUGUUAAUGGUUGGAUAAUUAAUGUCAAAAUAUUAACCUUAGUAAUAAAUUUUUAUGCAAAGAUUUGCCAAAAUCUUAUAAUAAGAAGAGUUGUCAGAUUUAGAGUAUAGAUAAUUGUGAAUUUGAUGAUUUUCUACUAUAGUGUUCAAUUAAAAUAGUUUAGAUGGAAGAUUUGAAUAAUAUUCAAUUAGAUAAUUAAGUAGAUGUGAAUCAUAAAUAGUGUGAAAAUGAACUUGAUUAUAAUGAAUGUUUAACAAACUUAAAAUAUUAAUGUUAAUGGUCAAAUAAUUAAUGUAUUGAAAGUGAUUUAAGUUAAUGUUAGAAUUAAAGUUACUUAAGUUGUUUGAAUAAUAAUAGUAGUUGCAAAUGGAGAUAUUCAAGAUGUUAUGAAUUUGAUGAAAAUGAAAAUAUAGAAGAAACACCAACACUUAUAAGUCCAAAAGUUUGUAGUAAAUUAAUGAGUGAGAAGAGUGUUAAAUAUUCUUCAGUUGUAUUUUCAUGUAUUUAGAGUGAUUCUGAAAUAGAUGAUUGUGAUACAAUAGGUUUAAAUUAUAAAGCUUGUUAUAAUAUAAAGAGAUCAUAAUGUCAAUUUAUAAAUAAUAAUUGUUAAUUCUAUAAAUUGGAUGUUAAAUAUUCAUAAUGUUCUCAAUAUUAAAAUAUAAAUUCAAAAGUAUGUUCUAAUUUAUAGAUAUCUUGUAAAUAUAAUGAAUAAUUACAUCAAUGUAUUGCAGCUAAUGUUAAAGAUUCUUGUAAAACAAAAGGUCUUUCUAAGAUGGCUUGUUUAUCAAUAGUAAUAGAACCUUGUUAUUGGGAAGAUGAUCAAUGUAAUUAAUUCAUCCCUGAUGAAAAUAUCAACUAAUGUGAUAAAUAAACUUUAACCAAUAGUUUGGCUUGUUAAUACAUUGAUUACUAAGAAUAAUUCUGUACAUAUGAUCCAAUUAAUUUUGUUUGUACAAAUGUUUUAAAUAGAUUUUAGUAAUGUAAUCAACCAGGAUUAAAUAAAUAUGCAUGUACUGCUCUUUUGUAUGAACCAUGCUAAUUUGUGAAUUUUCAAUGUACUUCUUACAAAAAUACAUCAGCAAUAUGUUAUGGAAUAGAAAAUGUAAAUCCAUUAGCAUGUGCCAUUUAAGUUUUUUAAAAAUGUCAUUAUCAAUAAGCUACUUAUAGUUGUUAUGGAGUUCCAUUGAAAAUACCAUGUAAUUCUAAAGGAAUUAAUCAAAUUGCCUGUUAUUUAUAACCAGAUUGUGUAUGGGAUUAUGAUACAUAUACUUGUUAAUAUAAAACUAAUCUUAAAGUAAAUAUAUGUUAUUAGUUAAAUCAAGACAGUUGUAUUCAAAACAGUAUUUGCUAUUUUGAUAACAAUAAUUGUAGAUUAAAAAGAUGUAUAGAUUUAAAUGAUGUAGAAUGUUUAAAUACAAAUUCUUUAAAUAAUGAAAAUUGUUACUUAGAUAUUUAAAAUAAAUGUUAAAUUGCUAAAUAAUGUGAAGAUAUAGUUUAUCUUAAUGAAAAAUAAAGAUGUGAUAAAUUCUUUUUUAAUUCUAUUUCAUGUUAUUAAAUCAAUAAUAAUUGCGUAUCAUCAUUAGCAAUUGAUAAAAUUUGUCCAUAAACAGAUUGUUCCCCAACUUUUUGUGUUAACGAUAAUUAUGUUUGUAGAGCUAUAUAAUGUUCUGAUUAUGAUUAAAAAAGUUGUCCAAAAAAUAAUUGUGCUUUUAUAGAUAAUUAAUGUGUAACAAUUACAACUUGUGCAGAUAUUAGUAAUGGUUACAUUUGUGAUUAAAGUUUUAUUAACAAUUAAUAAUGUUCAUGGUAACCAUCUGCCUUAAGAAUAGGGCCUUAUCAUUGUACAAAUAAACCUUGCUAGUAAACUUUUAUAAAUUAUUAUCUUUAGUCUCUUUGGAUCUUCAUGGUAGUAUUGUUAAGGAAAUGAAAUGAAUGAUUAAACUUGUUUUGUUACUAAAUAUGCUUAAUGUGAAUCAUGUGAAGAGUAAACAGAUCAAGCUACAUGUUUAGAAUCAAAACUAUGUACUUUUAAUAAUAAUUAAUGUAAAUCAAUCUUGUGUAAGCAUUUCACAAAUGAACAACUAUGUAAAGCUUCCUCAAGAUGUUAUUGGAGUUCUCAUGAUAAUGUUUGUAGAAAAUAAUGUGAUAAAAUUGUUGAAUAAGAAUAAUGUGAUAUGAUUGAUUAUGAAUGCAAUUGGAAUCAAUUCAAAUAUAUUUGUGAAACUGGAUAGGAAAUAGAUCCUGAUCUUAGCUAUAAUAUUCCUGAUUCAGAUGUUAGUGCUCACAUUAUCAAAUUAUUCUUGAUUAUUUAUCUAUUUUAUUAGUGAU